AUGGACCAGCUCCUGCAAACCCUCUGCUUGCUCCUGCUUGUCACCUCCUGCCCCUGUGCUGUCAUCACCGGGGCCUGUGAGCGGGACCCCCAGUGUGGGAGCGGGACCUGCUGUGCCAUCAGCCUGUGGUUGCGGGGGGUCAGGAUGUGCACCCCCCUGGGGCAGGAGGGGGACGAGUGUCACCCCUUCAGCCACAAGGUGCCCUUCCUUGGCAAACGCCAGCACCACACCUGCCCCUGCUCCCCCAGCUUCACCUGCUCCAGGUUCCUCGACGGCCGCUUCCGCUGCUCCCUCGACUUCAAGAACCUGGACUUUUAG